CAGAUUCAGUGGUAAUGGCCUGAUUUGAAAACUCGAGGAGAAAUCUCUAUCACAUCGUUCGUAUCGUUCGGGCGCCUUGAAGCUGCGUGGAAGCGAAGAAUAAUGGAGCGGACAAAGCUGCAUCCUACACUUCAAGUUCAAAGCUGGCAACGUGUUAGUUCGUCGGGAUGGAAGCGAAGCAAAUAUCAAGCUUCACUGGCUAUGUUAGAUGCGCUCCCAUACUAUCGAAAUUGUUCAGCGCUAAAUCAUGACACCUGGUGUUGCAGCGGAAAAAGUACUUUUCGCCCUACGACCUACUGCAGUACUCAGUACCGAACAGUCGCCUCGGAAUCGCCACCAGGAAAAGAGAGACGGGAAGAACAUCCGAGAAACCCUGUCGUGUUCGUAAUGCAUGCCGACGAGGCUCGGUGGCUGAAACAUCGUGUGCGUCGCCAUUCCUGCAGGAGGUCAUAGCGUCGAGGACGUUUGUGGUGGCCGAGCGGCUGUUUGGGAAUGUUGACAGAGAGCUAAUAGCUUCCGGCGGUCUUGAACUGUGAGGGAAACGUGCUGAGCAACAUGCCGAGUGUCGGGUGGUACAUGGCCAUUGUCGGUCUCAGUGUCGCUGUAAACAGUAUCCUACUUGCCGGCGAAGAAGUUCCAGGUGGCAACGAGGGGAAAGCCCCAAAACAGAAAGGCGUCAUCGCCACCCUAGAACUAGUUGAAUAUGCUGAUAACCAUGGAAACUACUGGACCAGCCAAAACGACGCGGGGAACAGUCCAGCACCCGACUUUGUUCCCCGUUUUGAUCCGAUGCCUGUUGUGAUGGCAACCGAGGAUCCUCUCCCUGCAACGUCAACUCGGCCGCAGGCAUCGAUGAACAUAGAUAGUCCGGACACGAGGGAAGAGCAGGCCAGUGGGUCGGCUGACGUUGUAAUCCCAGUGCACAAGGCAUUCGGCUGGUACUACGCGCCGUGUCCCGUAGCGGACACCAAGGAAACGAAUGGUGCCGACACGCACUCGGCCAGUGACAGCGAUGACACAGCAAAUACGGACAUGAUCCUCUCGUCUCACGCAUCCGUUAUAACGUACAACGCGCACACAGGCGAACGAAAGGAGACCACACAGCAGAUGUUUGACGACAACGUGACCAUACACAGGCGCUGCAUUGGCCCCGGCCCGGCCCAGGCGCACGGCAAAUCCAGAGGAAGGAGAAGUACCGCUGAAGAAGAUCACAGUCGGCACAAGAGACAAGCAUCGGUGAACGAUCUCAUGUUUGUCAUUCCUCCGGUGCCCAUUCCACCAUUGUUCCUGAAUGCCAUGGCAACCCCUGCUACAACUGCAACGACUCCACCGGCGGAAACAACAUCCACAUCAAGUAGCAUCAGCACAGUAGCCGAAACCACUGUGGCAACGUCUACUGCAGAAGCAACCAGCAACUCUCCCACAGUGGCCACUUCCGUGACUGAAGCAACGACCAGCUCACCUGCGUCAACUCCGCAGGCAGCAGUCGCGACAACAACAAACGAGCAGCCAUCACAAACAAGUACUGCCAUACCUACCUCUCCGCCACCGUCUUCACCUUCUAGCGCUCCGGAGAGCUCCAGUUCACAAGCCGUGACUAGCCCGGUUCCGACAACAGGCACAUCAGUUGCCCCGGCAACUAGCACCAUGACACCGACCACGACACCGACUACAACAAAUGCACCGCCGACUACAACUGCUCCGCCCACGACCGCCCCCGGCACGUCGUCGACUACAGUUACCGUGACGACCGCUGCACCGACCACCACUCCCCCAACCACCACUCCCCCGACCACCAUGGUUUCCACAACCACUAUACCGUCCACAGCUACUGUACCGUCAACAGGCAGCACGGAUUCUGCGUCCUCCCCGCCAACAGCUGCGACGACACCACGCACCACAUCACCAGCGUCCACGACCGCUGCGCCAGCGACAACUCCAGCCAGUACAGCUGCACCCGCCGCCACAACCACCAUUCCUACUACUACUACUGCUACAACACAAGCAGCACAGACUAACGCUCCAACAACGACCCCAGUGCCACCUCCAGUAACAACCACCCCGGCAGCGACCACCCCAGUGACAACUACAGUAGCAACAUCCCCGGCAUCUUCCACUGCAGAAACUACUCCAGCGACCACCGCAGCAGCGACCCCAGCAACAAUGACAACAGCAGCAACGGCAUCAGCAACAGCCAGCGGAACAAUGGCAACGCCACCUUCCACAAGUCCUCCCGCGACCACUACCCCAGCGACAGCUGCUCCAACUUUGAGUUCUCCAACCGCAGCCGAGACAUCCAACACUGUUGCACCGACAACCCCGGGGAAUACCAGCUCCACUGCACCCACUAGCAGUUCAAUACCGAGUACCAUAACCGGCGCGAUCAGCACAACAGCGGCGGCUAGCUCGACAGCAAGCAGCACAUCAAACGACACCGUCGUCGUCUUGCCAACCGAAUCUGACGUAGCCGAGACGACGAUUAUCCGAUUGGAACCAGUGUCGGGCGAAACCGUCGGUACCCAGACCUGGAAGACGGAGCAGGAGAGCAGGCUCAGUACGCUACUGCGGGAAGGCUACACGGCGGACAACAGAAACCGCCGGAGAAGGAGAAGAGCAGUGCCGCAAGUGAUCAACAUCACGGUUGUGUCGGGAGUUCUCUCGGCCAACGGAUCGUACGUGGACACGUAUUUUGUGGCCCAGGCCGAUCAAGUUGACGUUCAGCCAAGCCAAGCCGUGCGUCUGAUGACGCUGGUACCGGCAGUAUCCAGGAACAGCAUCAUGGGAGCAACGGUGAUCUCGUUUGCUCUGGUCACUAGCGAGACUGUGACCACUGCUGCGCCGACCACUGCAUCGCCCACUGCCAUCUCUACCCCCGGUAGUGGUGACAGCUCCGGUGGUCUACCGCCGCAUAUCAUUGGGAUGAUUGCGGCUGCCGGAGUGCUGGUUUUGGUCGUCAUAGGCGCCAUAUGCUGCUACUGCUAUCAAAGAAAAAAGCAACGCGAAGACGAACGGAGGAGGGUGGCACUGAGUCGUAUGCACAGAGUAGAGAGCAUGGUUCCCACUUUACCUGGCGAAGGCAGCGCUGUGGUAACCAUCACAAGCACAGCACCCAAGUCUAAAACAUCUUUCUGGUCUCGCUCCGGUACAAGAAGUGAAACUAGUGUAAAUAAUCCAGCAAUAGAGCUGGGCAUCGUAGGUCCCAAACCAGCAGCAACACCAGCGGCAACACCUGCGGCAACACCAGCGGCAACACCAUCAAGGACACCGUCAUCAGCAUCGUCACGAGCAAAUCUCUUCCGCUCACCCAAAGUGCAUGCCAUAUCACACGACAGACCGAUGCGCAGAGGACCGAAUCUCAGCCUUUUCCGGGUGGGUGGUGGGGCCAUCACACAGGGUGGUGGGGCCACCACAUCCCAGAGCAGUGGCAGUACAGCUGGCGAGGCUGUCUUCAACAAUCCAGCUACUGUAGCCACUGAUGCUGCUCCUGGAACGCACGCCAAGCGCACUGCCAGACCGGGGACAGUCAAGCCGCCCAAGAUGUCGUAUUCUCGCCACGAUCCUGUGCAGACGGUUAGGACGACUGCGUGGCCCGAUCCCUUGGAAGAGGUGGGAGGAGAAAAUUCUGCAGAUCGCCCGACUGCUGCUAGACCGAAAACGCAAGGAUAUGAACGCCGCUUGGCUCCGGGACAACGGGGAACGGGCAGGGAUGAUGCCGAGGGUGAAGGUGCCCAAGCAGCAACUGCUCCCAGCAGAGAAAGUGGUACGUACAGAGUGCGCGAGUUUUGGCAGAGUCGAAACCGACCGUCGACAAUUCUCGAGACGGCACGAGAGGGUACAGAAGAGGACCCGUUUUCACAUGCAUUCUCAAAGGCGAACGAGAGUGGUGCGAAGGGAGCUGCUGCCACCGGACAGACUCGUGGACGCAGCGAACCCUUGCAUGGCCACAGACACGCACCACAGGCACUGUCCGAGAAAGACAAGAAGGCUAAGGAAACAAAGGAAACGGGCGCCACUAAAUACGUUCCCAGCUCUACGUACGUGCCGUCUAGACCUGAUGCAAGGGCACAGCAGGGCGGACAAGCGGGAAGACUGCUACCCCCAAAGUCUCCAAGGAUCAUUCAGGCAGUAAAAGACUAUGAAGCCGCACUUAAUGCCAGGUAUGCAUCAUUGGCUCCGAGAACCACGGGACUGGGCAGAGAGGCACAGGCAAAAGAAAGAAUGCCGCCCGUGGCUACGUCUGAAAUGCCGAUGAAAACUGCCGGUGGAGCGCGCCUAGGCACGCCAAUGCCCCAGGCGAAGACGAAAAAUGUCCAGGGGAUUAAGUUCUCUUUCCAGGACAUGGGGAAGCAGAAGGGUGAUGUCUCCAUACGUCACGUCAGAUCCGAAGGAGAUCUGAAAGUGGCCGCCAGGCAGGCCACCCAGUCAAUGACCAAAUCGCAUGAAAGCAUUGUGGAAGUCCCGGCUGCUACCAGUAUUAAUGAGCGCUGGCGUGCUUUAAUGCACAAGAUUACAAAGGAUAAUCCAAAUCCAGUUUGGAAAAAUUGGAAACCGGAGGAUAUCCUUAGGGGCUACCAAGAACAGCCCAAUGCCCGUGAGAGCGCUGCCGAGGGUCUGGAUCAGCCUCCCACGACUAAACCUCAUGAUCCCAACUACUCGGCCGCCGGGCGCUACAGGGGGCCGCCUGAUCAGGCGCCAUCCGGCUCAAUGGGCCGGUCGCAGCCCCCGGGUACAUUGCGCGGCCCUUCCGAGUCGCAGCAGCAAACACCCCGGAGACCUCCCCUGACCGGCGCACGCACCAGGUCGCGCUCCCCGGAGUACGCGGCGCGGGGACUGGCUAGAGACAGGCGGUCAGAAGCUGCAUCUCUAUCCGUCCUAGCAAACCGUGGGCCGCCACGUGAACCAGCCCCAGCCCUAGCCCUGGACCGUCCACCAAUGAGGCUUGGCCCGAGGUCCACGUUGUCGCAGAACUACGGACCGCCCACGGAACCUCUCGGUCUUAACCCGUCGCACAGGGCACCAAUGGCAAGCUUACACGAGUCAUCCAUUGUUCAGUCUACUGGACAAUCGCUUGCGCGCACGGGUGCUAGCCGUGAAGGAACCACUGGCAGUACAGCAGCAGCAGCAGCACGCCGUUCCAAGCCAUCCUCGACAGUUGUGGAGACGAACAGGGGGAUUACAAUGGACGAUGAAGAGGAGGAUGUGUUUGGUCGCAAGAAACAUCCCAGUGACAGUGAAUGAAGGCCAGUCAGCGGACAUGCAGGAACAUCAGGACUCACAGGACAUGCAGGAUGGACCACCAGAUGCAGUCAUUGCGGAUAUGCCUGAUACUGAUAGACCAUCGAUAAUUAGUUCC